CGGAACAACAAACCUGAUACUACCGGUUUAUUAAAACAAAGAUCCUCAUUAAGUGAAGAUAUCCCACUUCGAGGAUGUUUACUACUCAUGUGAAAAAAUGGUAAGACUGAAAUGGACAAAAUAAUCCCACCUGCGGAAUUCCAGUGAGGAUGACACGCUUAUGGGCUUUUAUUAUAUGGUAAUAGCUUUUUUAGAUUUGAAAAAAUUGUUAUAAAUCAGAUCUCCACACCGGAACUGUCGGCCCUUUGGCGCUGAAGUAAUACAUCUUUAACUGCUGAUGUUGAGUAUCUCGAGCUAGCGCGUAGGUGAACUCUUUGCUGUAAAGAGGUGUAGUUACAGUCACACUGCGGGAACAGGCGGUUGACCAAUUUGUCAUUUGUCAGUUGACUGAGUAUAAUGUUUCACAGUGGUAUCUUAUCUCUAAGUUCAACCUUACAUAGGCUUGCUUUCGGGUUGUGACCACAACCCAUGUCCCUCUGUGCAGAAGGCUAGCUUGAUCUGUUGUAAACAAGUCACUAGCUCUGGAUCCGCUGGUCGAGGAGGAGAGUCAGAACCACAGUGAAGCAUAAGUUCGUUUUAAAUAGGUCAUUGGAAACCAAUUAGGUAGCCUACUGACAGUAUAAAACACAUGCAUGUCUUCAAUAUCCCUUCUUGAAGACAUGUUCAAUGCACUUCAAUUUUGUUUCAACACCACUGUGUUACGACUGGUCAUUGAGAUAGCUAGCUAGGUAGCUAGCAGACACCAGAGUCACUAGUUGGCUAACCUUGGCAGUCCGCAAUCUUUAAACAGAAUAACAUUAGUUGGUGUUGUUUAUAACUGACUGUGACGAGAAAGUUUUUUUUUCCGUUGAAGUUCUAAAUGAAACCCAUUAGAGUACUAAAAAACAAAACGACUUUGCAGUUCGGUAGAUUUUAUUCGAAACAGAGAAGGACUUUCGACCAUCCUUAUCUCUAACGUUCCUCUGAGAGGCUUACGAGAAACACGGAACUAAUUACCCUGCCUGCAAUAAUGCCAUUAUUGCCGAGGAUAUUACGCUUGGUAAGACGGGAUACUUCCUCCAUCUACUGCCAGUUGAGGUGUUUGUCAAACAUGUCCUCUGGCAAAAGACUGCGGGUCCUGGUGGACAUGGAUGGGGUCAUUGCAGAUUUCGAAGGUGGAUUUCUGAAGAAGUACAGAGCGAGAUAUCCGAACGAGCCCUUCAUCACCUUGGAAGACCGGAGAGGAUUUUGGGUGUCAACUCAGUACGGCCAGAUAAGAAGUGACCUCUGCGAGAAAGCCAUCAGCAUCUGGGAGUCCAAGAACUUCUUCACAGAGCUGGAGCCUCUGCCCGGAGGCGUGGAAGCAGUGAAAGAGAUGGCCAAGAUGGAGAACACAGAUGUCUUUAUCUGCACCAGCCCAAUCAAGUACUACAAUCACUGUCCUUAUGAAAAGUAUGCAUGGGUGGAAAAGCAUCUGGGACCGGACUUCCUGGAACAGAUUAUCCUGACACGAGACAAAACUGUGGUGACUGGGGACGUCCUUAUCGACGACAAGCCAGACAUACUGGGGGUGGAGCCUAACCCCACCUGGGACCAUGUGCUGUUCACCGCCUGCCACAACAAGCACCUGCCCCCCUCCCCCGCCCACCGACGCCUCCUCUCCUGGGCCGACGACUGGAAGGCCAUCCUAGAGAGCAAGCGUCACUGAGGGAGGGGGGUCGAAGCCAGCCCCAUCUCCCCGGACCCCCGAAUCCUGCUCACUUCCUGUCUAUGCGUUAUCUGAUUGGACAAACCCUAUUCACUUCCUGUGACCCCCUUGGCAAUGGGGUAUUUAUUCAUAAGGUGCAUUGGACUUGGACUAUGUGAAGACACAUUUUAUUUUAAGCUCAAAUUGGAAGGUGCAGUCCUGCCGACCUCAGCCAGAGGGCGCUCUGUCAACUGUUUACCUCUUCAGGUGUGUAAUGAUACAGAGGUGUUUGAGGCUCACGCUCUUAACCUCACUCCAUACACACACACACACACACACACACACGGAAGCAUACGCACAACCAAGGCAUAAGCUAUUUCCUGGUUAGAGUGAAGAGACAUGGUGUUAUUCCAGCAUGUCUCACAAAUGUCACAAGCUGGUAUAUGACUGAGAAUGUGUAGUAUCGUGUUUUUGAAGUCAUGUAACGCCUGUGGUAAUAACAUAACACACACACACACAAAUACACACACACACACACAGACACACACACACACACACACACACACACACACA